CUUUGCCUUUAGAUAAGUGUAGCUACGCCGGGUACCAAAUACGACGGAAAAUAUCUCAACUGAGGGUUACAACUCACAAACAUCUAAUGUCUGCUAAAGCUUUAAUUUUGAUCGGAGGGGAAAAGACGGGAACUCGGUUCCGUCCGCUUUCCUUGUCCACUCCCAAGGUGUUCUUCCCAAUUGCCGGGAAACCCCUUCUCACACACCUUCUCGAAAGCAUCCAGGCAACUUCCACCCCUAAAAUCAGCGAGGUGGUGCUAAUCGGGUUCUUCGACACCUCCAUCAUCAAUGCCUACAUUGCCACCGUGGAGAAUAGCUUCACCUUCUCCAUCAAGUACUACCAGGAACCUCCAUUGAUGCCUAUGGGCACUGCGGGCGGCUUGUAUUACUUCCGUGACGAGAUCUUAAAGCCGGCUAGCGGGGAAACCCAGCCACCGGAGCACUUUUUCUUGAUCUACGCCGAUAUUGUCUGCAGUUUCCCAUUGCACGAGAUGUAUACGUUUGCCAACGAGCAGAGACCAGGUCCUGCAGUGGAUUUUGUGAUUAUGGGUGUCCCCCACGAUGACGACUUAUCCUCGCUCAAAAACGACCCACAAGACAAUUUCGGUUCCAUUGCCUCUAUCAGGGGGGAGGUGGUUCACUACGUGGAAAAGCCUGAGACAAAAAUCUCCUCGGUUAUUAACGGGGGCGUUUACUACUUCAAGGCGAGUAUUUUGCAAGACGCGCUACCAGAGGCCAAAAAGCUUCGCGAGGAGCGCAACCAAGCAAACGCAUUCUUACAGUUCCAUAAACCCAACGACGAUGAGUCCUACAGCACUGGAAACUCUAUCUCCUGGGAACGCGACUUGGUGAAAAUGUUGGCUGAUAAAAGUAUUCCGGGGUACCGGGUGUUUUGCUACCAGUACACCUCAUACUGGAGACAGCUCAAGACCGCGUCGCUGGUGUUGCCGGCGAACAAACUCUACCUUGAAAAGAGGCCACAGGAGUCAGCAACCUCUCUGGAAAACGUGGUACAGCCAUGCUACAUCCAUCCGUCAUCGUUUCCGAUCCCUCCUACUGCCAAGAUUGGGCCGUACGUAUCUAUCGGUGCUAACGCCGCGAUAGGACCGGGUGUGAGAAUUGUCAAAGCGGUCAUUGGGAGCGACGUCACAAUUGGACAGCACACAUUCAUCAAGAACGCGGUGGUGGACAAUCAAGUAGCGAUAGGCGAAUGGUGCCGUGUAGAAGGCUCCUCGAACGGGGAGGUACAGCAGGCAAAGGAGGGCGAAGAAUCCGAUGCUUUGCCUACAGCCACGGUUUUAGCCACUGACACAAAGGUACUCAACGAAGUGCGUGUUUAUGGUGGGGUGGUGUUGCCACACAAGGAGUUGAAGCUGGAUGUUUUGAAUGAGAUUAUUAUGUAACCUAUUCAUGAAUUGCUGGUAUGCCAGUUUUGGCUGCACCUCCUGUCGCUCUUUACAUUCUUUUCGUUUUCCUUACUGGGCUUAUCUUUAAACCGGCUAUGAGUAUCCUUAGUAUUAUUUUUUUUUUU